AUGACUUACCCGUUAUGCCUCACAUACGGCCAGCGCGCCGCGCAGCACCCUAAUCCUGUGGCCAGGCGACUCUUCGAGAUUGCUAAGGCCAAGCAGUCGAAUCUCGUGGUAUCAGCAGACCUGACUGGCACGGAGAGUCUUUUGAAAUGUGCUGACUCUCUUGGCCCAUAUAUCGCCGUUUUCAAAACUCAUAUCGAAAUCGUCAAAGACUUCUCUAACAAGACGGUCCAAGGGCUCAAAUUGCUGGCUCAAAAGCACAAUUUUCUCAUCUUCGAGGACCGCAAGCUCAUCGACAUCGGCAACACGGUUCAGAAGCAGUAUCACGGGGGCGCGCUCCAAAUCUCCGAAUGGGCUGAUGUUGUGAGCCUGAGCGUCCUCGGCGGGGAUGGCAUAGUUGACGCCCUGGUCCAGACCAUCACGACAGCCUCCUUCCCACAUCGCGGCCAACGCGCUCUCCUGAUUCUGGCCGAGAUGACCUCAGAAGGAAGCCUGGCAACGCGUCAUUAUACCGAAGAGUGCGUCGAAGUGGCGCUGUCGCAAAAUCCCGAGGUUGUUUUGGGAUUUGUUGCGACGAAGGCAUUGCACACGUCUGAUGUUGCGAGUGGACGGGAUUUUGUUACUUUCACGACUGGUAUCAGCCUGUCCGAGUCGGGGGACGAGCUGGGGCAGCACUGUCAGACACCUGCUUCUGCUAUUAGCCGUGGUUCGGACUUUAUUAUCGCUGAUCGGGGCAUAUAUGCCGCUGAGGUCCCCGUAGAUGCUGCGAGACGGUACCAGGAGGCGGGGUGGAAGGCGUAUUUGCAGCGUACUCACCACGAUGCGUAGAUGCCAAAUUGAGACUGGAAUGGUGAGGUAGUACCAAAAAAUCUGGUAUGACUACUACAGCGGGCUUGACACCAAUAAGGAUAUUGCAGACACCAGGUUAAACUUAGCACUAGUUGUG